AUGCUGCGAGUAAGGUGUCUCAGAGGAGGUAGCAGGGGGGCCGAGGCGGCCCAUCUGAUCGGAGCCAUGUUUGGCCGGGCUGUAACUGGAUGGGUGCAGCGAGCUUUCCAGAGCACUUCAAGUGCAGCAGCUGCAAAGUCGCGCCCUGUGGAGGAAGAGACUGUUACUGAGCCUGUGCAGCAGGAAUGCCCUGUCUGUGCAUACAAUGAAUGGGACCCGCUGGAGGAGGUGAUCGUGGGCCGUGCCGAAAAUGCCCAGAUACCUCCCUUCACUGUGGAAGUCAAAGCUAACACAUAUGAAAAGUAUUGGCCCUUCUAUCAGAAGUAUGGGGGACAAUCUUUUCCCGAGGACCACUUGAAAAAAGCUGUUGCUGAGAUUGAGGAAAUGUGCAAUAUCCUGCGUCACGAGGGCGUCACGGUUCAGAGGCCAGAACCCAUCGACUGGUCCCUUGAGUAUAAAACCCCUGACUUCACAUCAUCAGGUAUGUAUGCUGCCAUGCCAAGGGACAUCCUCAUGGUUGUGGGCAAUGAGAUUAUUGAGGCUCCUAUGGCGUGGAGGGCUCGAUUCUUUGAAUACCGCGCUUACAGGCCUUUGAUCAAGGAGUACUUCAGAAAAGGUGCUAAAUGGACCACGGCUCCCAAACCCACCAUGGCCGACGAAUUGUAUGACCAGGAGUACCCUAUCCGCACGGUGGAGGACCGACACCAGCUGGCUGCCCAGGGGAAGUUUGUUACCACUGAGCAUGAGCCCUGCUUCGAUGCUGCUGAUUUCAUCAGAGCUGGGAGGGACCUGUUUGUUCAGAGGAGUCAAGUUACCAACUACAUGGGAAUUGAGUGGAUGCGUCGACAUCUGGCCCCAGACUACAAGGUUCACAUCAUCUCAUUCAAAGACCCAAAUCCCAUGCACAUAGAUGCCACCUUUAACAUAAUCGGACCGGGACUGGUGCUGUCAAAUCCCGAUCGGCCUUGUCGCGAGAUUGAGAUGUUCAAAAAGGCUGGAUGGACCAUUGUAAAGCCGCCACUGCCCCUGAUUCCUGAUGACCAUCCACUGUGGAUGUCCUCCAAGUGGCUGUCUAUGAAUGUCUUAAUGCUGGAUGAGAAGCGCGUCAUGGUCGACGCCAGUGAAACCACCAUUCAGAAAAUGUUUGAAAACCUUGGAAUCAAGACCGUCAAGGUCAGCAUUCGCCACGCCAACUCCCUGGGCGGUGGCUUCCAUUGCUGGACUACUGAUGUCCGACGCCGCGGUACCCUGCAGUCCUACUUCCACUAG